GGGAAGAAUAGCACCGCCUGACGCAAGCAAAGAGGCGGACCCGCCGGGUGCGCAUAGCACCGACCUCUUUUAAACACCCGCCGCCUGCUCGUUACAGCUGGGGACGAGGGAGGCGUCGGAUCUACGCUCCGUGCUUGCACCGCACUCCCCUUGUCUGGUGGGGGCCGAGCUGCUCCUCUUUCGCCAAAGAUGCCCCGUUAUGAGUUGGCUUUGAUCCUGAAAACCAUGCAGAGGCCAGAGACAGCUGCAACACUGAGACGCACAGUGGAAGCUUUGCUGGAAAGGGGAGCAGUGGUGAGGAAUUUGGAAAACUUGGGAGAAAGAAUGCUGCCGUAUAAGAUAAUAAAGCAUGAUGAGCAUCACAACAGAGGAGGGUAUUUUUUGGUAAACUUUGAUUCUUCUCCAACAAUAAUUAUGAAUCUAUUGGACCAUUUAAAACGGGACAUUGAUAUAAUCAGGCCUAGUAUUUUAAGACAACGUACAGAGCGGACCGAAGAAUGUAUAGGCAUAAUUCCAGUCAAUUAUGUAGAAGAACUACAGAAGAAGAAAUAACCAAAAGUGAUGAUAAUACUAUUACCAUUAAUUCAAACUUUAUCAUAAGCAUGUGUGAGAUGAGGUAUGAUGUUUCAACCUAGUUUAAGUUUUGGCUACUUUAAAGGCAAUAACCUCCACUCUUGUUUUUUGUUUUACAAUUUGUUAUUGUAAAAAUCAGAGAGCUUCCCCCCCCCCUUAUUGCUUCUCUUAUUUAAAUCUGGUCUGCCCUAAAAAGCUAAUCCUAAUAUUUUAUAGAAUCUGUUCCCAAAUAAACAGUUUUAAAAGCAAUUUGUAUCAUUUAGAUAUGGCACUCAUAAAAACUGUAAAACGUUGAAUGAAAUUGUUGAGAAUUACAAUAAAAUGUUCAAAAAUUGGUUUUAUAGACCAAUGGACGUAGUCUAUUCUCUGGCAUAUUGUUUCCAUUUAGCACAGCUAAAAUCUAAUGAGUUUGAGUUCAUGAAAGUUAAGAAAACUAUAUAGCUUUUAAAAAUCCUAACAGUCUUGAACGUAAUUUUUGUUUUCAAAAUAAGGGAAGAUCCUAUCUUGUUAUUAUAUUAUAUUCUUAAAUGUAAUCUCUAUGGACAUCUUGUUUUCUUGCUACAAUAAGUACAUAGCAUUGAUAGUUGAAUCAGUUUCAUCAUCUUACCAGCUUUAAAUGCAUUCUCUGUGAAUGAAUUGAUUAAAUAAAGUUGUGGCAAUUGCCUCAUUUUAUU